GGAGAAGAUUAGGAAGAAGCGUGUGACGUCAUUCCAGGGGCGCCAAUUUUCUGCAGAAGUAGAAGCCAGAAUCACAACAGGAAGGUUGUGAAAGGUGCCCUCGCCGUCUAAAUACCAGCUGUCAUGGACCUCAGUCCCUUUGAAACAGACAACUCGGUCAGCUGCCGACUGUCCUCUCAGAUCCCUGAUGUCUGCCGGACUGAGGACUGCUGUUUGGGCAUUGACGAGGCCGGCAGGGGGCCUGUGCUGGGGCCCAUGGUGUAUGGAAUAUGUUUCUGUCCAGUUUCCAAAAAGCAGGAGCUGAAGGAAUCGAAAGUGGCAGAUUCAAAGACUCUAUCAGAGGCAGAAAGAGAGAAUCUUUUCCAAAAACUGGAUGAAGCCAAAAGUUAUUUAGGCUGGGCUCUGCAGAUUCUCUCACCAAACACCAUCUCUACCAGCAUGUUACAGAGGACAAAGUACAACCUGAACGCUCUUUCACAUGAUACAGCAAUUGGUCUAAUACAGUAUGCCUUGGACAGUGGAGUACAGCUCACAGAGGUAUUUGUGGACACAGUUGGCCCAGCAGAGAAGUAUGAGGAGAAACUUUCAAAGCUGUUCCCAGGUAUAAAGGUGACUGUGAGGCCAAAGGCUGACUCCCUCUUCCCCAUCGUCAGUGCAGCCAGUAUCUGUGCGAAGGUGGCCAGGGAUCGUGUUGUAAAGGGCUGGAACUUUGCUGAGGACCUGGGAGAGGUGGAUGCAGACUACGGCUCAGGAUACCCCAAUGACCCCAAGACUAAAGCGUGGCUGCUCAAGUACCUGGACCCAGUGUUCGGUUUCCCUCAGUUUGUUCGAUUUAGCUGGAGCACUGCCCAAACCCUGAUUGACAACAAGGGUGUGACUGUCCACUGGGACGAUGAUGACGAGGAUGGGGAGAAGGCGGCCCAGCGGCAGAACAACCGGUCCAUGUUGGCCUACUUCGGUGCAUCAGCUGGAGGUAACGACCAAAACCCGACACACCGCUUCUUUACUGAGCGGAGGCUGAAGAGCCUCGACACACUCUGAAGACAACACAGUAGAGGACACACGCGUAUAGGAAAUCAUAAGCUCUGUGACAUUUUCAUAUGCAGCCCAAACAGUGAGUCUUCGGCACGGAUGUGGACUUUGAUGAAACAUUGUUUGUAUCAACAAUGCAGACGUAAAUGAAGAUCUUUAUUUGUCCUUUUUGUACCUGUUUUUUUUUUUAUACAUUAAAUAAUGUUUAAAACUCA